GUUUGCGAUCGAGCCGCGGCAUCUCUGUACGAGUGAAGUCAUGUGCGGGAGGUUCAUAUGCUUGAAAUAAGCGUCGGUGUCCGCAUCAUUCCCAUAGAUUUCAGCAUUUCUCCUGUCCAUUUUCGUCAAAGACUGUUCAUUGUUUGCUACUAAAGCAGCUCCAGCAUCCGCCUAACAGUAACUUCUCUACCACAACAACUAACAAAAUGGGUCUCAAGGACGAUGCAUUCCCCUCCUCCAAGGCAUUCGAUGCCAUCGCAGCCGCCCUUUCCGACCCAAAGGAGAAGAAGGACGCAGUCAAGCAAGGCAACGCCAUCUUCGCUUUCAACCUGAAGAACGCACAAGGAAAAGAGAAGGCAUGGCAUCUUGACUUGAAGGAGAGCGGAAACGUUGGCGAAGGACUUGCUCCAAGCGGGAAGAAGGCUGAUGUCACACUCAAUCUCUCCGACGAGAACUUUGGCAAGCUCGUCUCAGGCAAGGCCAACGCACAAAAGCUGUUCAUGAGCGGCAAGCUGAAGGUCAAGGGAGCGGUCAUGAAGGCCACCAAGAUGGAGCCUAUUCUCAAGAAGGCUCAGAACAAGGCGAAGCUCUAGAUGCUGAAAUAAUGGGAUGGCGUUUUUGGGACACGUAAAUGAUACACCUAUCUCGCAAAGCAGUCCGCGCGACAUGCUGCGACAUGUAUUUCGAAAGAGACAUUAUGUUUCCGUAAGCUGCUUUCCAUGCCGCCGUGAGCUCACCUUGUCUCCAUCUUGUCUCAGUAGCACGACUCAGCCC